CCUGGAGUUGACAUACACUCACUUACAAUACAAUACACCAUACAUACAUACAUACAUACCUUUUAAUACAAGGACUUCACAGCUAUUCCUGUCCCAAAGGGGAAGACUAGGACCAGCCAGAGAUGACACUUCUAUCAUCUCCACUCAUCUUUUUCCUUCUUGCCACUGCCUGUAGCAAACCAAUUGCUGAGAACCGGCACCAAGAUGCUGAUCAGCAAAAACCGGGAUCACUGGAUGAGUACGACGGAAUCUCUGAGUGGCUUUCUUCUGGCUCCAAAGUAGCUAAAGCACAUGACUUAUCUGCGUCCAGAGAUUUUUCCGAGAGUCAAUCCACCGAGGGCACGUCGCAAGAGUCAACUGAGGAAUUAAUGGCAGAAUCCCUAAGGGAAUCAUCGAAAAAACCUUCGGAGGAAUCAUCUGAAGAAUCCUCAAAGGAAUCAUCCGAGGAAUCCUCAGAAGAAUCUUCGAGCAAAUCAUCUGAGGAAUCAUUUGAGGAAACCCCAGUGAAAUCUUUUAAGGCACUCACAAAGGAAUCGUCUCAGGAAUCAUCAGACGAAUCCUCAAAGGAAUCUUCUGAGGAAUCAUCUGAAGAAUUUUCAUCUGAGGAAUCAUCUGAGGAAUCAUCUGAAGAAUUUUCAAAGGAAUCAUCUGAAGAAUCCUCAAAGGAAUCAUCUGAAGAAUCCUCAAAGGAAUCUUCUAGUGAAUCAUCCGAGGAGUCAUCCGAGGAAGUUCCUGCCACAGGUGAUCCCACCAUGUCGCCCACUGCCACAGCACCAGACACGACAUAUGACGGAAGAACCCCCACACCCAGUCCUGCACCCACAACACAGAACAUGGAUGAGACAACUACACCUGAAAAAAGAGGAGACAAUUAAGACGGUGAAUAACUAAAAAAAUAUGAUGUCGUUCCUUUUCUUGUUCCUUUCAACUUUGAAUAAUAUUGUGACUUAAUAUUGUAUUUAUUGAAUUACUAUGCAAUUAUUACAAAUUAACAUGAUUAUUCCUGCAUAGAAUGUAUUUAAAUAGUUUAUGAUGCUCAUGUAUUUAUGAAUACAUAUAGUCUCACAUUAAAAGAGACUCCAAAAAUGUUGAAAAAAAACCUAAACAAUAAAAAAUGUUGAAAUGUUCAUUUUGUCACACAAGACAUUUACACUGUGCAUGCAAUGUGCAGCAUGAGUCAGAAGGCGUGGAGCCCUUCGUUCUCAUAUCGUUAUUUAACUGCUGGCUAAAUAAAAGUGUGAAAAAUA